AUGGCAUCGAUUAACAUGGUUUUCGCCUCCGCGGUCUUAACCCUUCUUUUAUAUAUUCCUCUUGUCACCUCGCAGGAACUACCAAAUGAAAACCUCAUCCUCGCUGAUUGCGGUAUCGGCGAGGGCCCUGAUGGCGGCGCAACUUCUAAUGAGGCCUUCUACUAUAAUAGCCACGUCUGGACGGGUAACGGCGACGAGACAAAUAAGCCAACCUUAAUGGUUAACGUGCCAUGGUCCGGUCAAUAUCCUUGGACCCAAGACGGCGUCAAGUUCACUAUGCCCAACGACGAAGUUUUUGCUGUGGUUCUUAAACCCGACGUCAAAGACCCCAAUGAGGCAGGAUUCGCCUAUCACAGUUUUGACUUUCCUUACCCUUUGACCUGUUACUCGUACCACAAGGAUAAGGUCUAUCAGCAGGCUGACGGCAAGUGGUGUUCGAGCGCAUAUGUUUGCAAUCACCAUAAUAAGGCCUACGUCAAUCCCGCCGAGGCCGAUGACGACGACGAGCCCUCCCCCAAGCCGACGACCCCCGAACCUCAGAAGACAGAGAUCAGGGGCUCUACGAAUGCCGACUGGGUCGAGUUUUACAACAAGCCGGCCUCACGCAUUAUGGCUACAGCCCGAGAUGCCUUCGACGAAGAGAGCUAUAGUUGCGAUACAACUAAGCGCACUGUCAGCGAUAAGUGCACCAUUAAGUGGGAGUGCUCCGGCGACCCGGCGACCGACGCCUUGGACAAGAUGGCCGCCGUCUUUGAAGAACUAUCCAAGUCCGAUAAGUUCACGGGCGAGCGAGAAGAAUCUACCGAAGUUUGCCGACACCCUGACACGCGCCCUGGCAGAGAAGGAUCAUGCCGUCAGUAUGAGACGAAAGUCGAUAAGUACUAUAAGAUGCCUAGCACCAUUGAACUAGUUAUGCGCAAUCUUCCAAGGGAGGGAUCCGGUGAUAAUUCCAACGAGCAUGGAAGGAUGAAGUAUACGGUUGAAUGCGAAGCUUCGGUAUUUGAGUGCACUCUGUGUAAGGGCAUUGGCAAGGCGCUAUCCAUUACUGUACCUUCUGUUGGAUUUGCCGUCUGGCUGGGUUGUACCGCCUGUUAG